GGCACCGAGUCGACUGGCGGAACAGCGGGCACCGAGUCGUCUGGCAAGACAGUGGGCUCCGAGUCAACAGGCACGACAGUGGGCACCGGGUCAUCAGGUAUCGGAUUGUCUGGCUCGACAGCGGGCAUCGGGUCACCAGGUAUGACAGCGGGCACUGGGUCACCGGCAUCAGGUCAUUUGGCUUGCCAGCGGGCACCGCGUCAUCUGGCAAGGCAGUGGGCACCGGGUCACCAGGUACCGGAUCAUCUGGAUCAACAGCGGGCAUCAGUCAACUGGCCUAAUAGGAUCGUCGGGCUGGAUCAGUUCAUCAUGCUGUAGCAGGUCAGCGGCAUCAGGCUGAGUAGAUCAGGCAUCAGGCUGAGGAGAGGCUUCAGGCUGAGGAGAGAGGCUUCAG